GGCGGGGCUUGGCCAGGUGACGUCAGGCGGGGGCGGGGCAGCUUGUUUCCCUCCCCCUCUUCGGAUUGAGCUGGUCGGGACACCGGGAGCUUCCGCUUUCCCCUGGAGCUUGAAGGGGAGAGAGCGCCAAGAAGCCGCGGCCGCAGAGUGGGUCCAUGUGUGACUGCUGACACCUGGGGACCAUGGCGAUCCUGAGGCUUGUGUUCCUGCUCUCCUGGGCGGCCAGUUCGGGAGGUCAGUAUGGAAACAAAUUGAAUAAUUAUAUUAAACAUUAUGAAGGAUUGUCUUAUGACAUGGACUCCUUACACCAAAAACACCAACGUGCCAAGAGAGCGAUAUCCAAUGAGGACCAGUUUGUACACUUGGAUUUUCAUGCUCAUGGAAGGCAGUUUAAUCUUCGAAUGAAGAAGGAUGUGUCUCUAUUUUCUCCUGAUUUCAAAUUAGAAAUGGGAGGAGAAACUUUACCUUAUGAUACCUCUCACAUAUACACCGGGCAGCUCUUCGGUGAACACGGGACGUUGUCUCACGGAUCUGUGCUGAACGGUAGAUUUGAAGGGUUUAUUAAGACCCCUCAAGGCACCUUUUACGUGGAGCCUGCAGAAAGAUAUUUCAAAGGCAAAGCAGUUCCGUUCCAUUCUGUUAUGUACCAUGAAGAUGAUAUCAAAUAUCCUCAUAAAUAUGGAGCUCAGGGGGGAUGUGCAGAUCAUUCUGUGUUUGAAAGGAUGAAAGCAUUUCAGAUGUCGGCUCAAAAUGAACAAAGUGACGCUCACAAACAGGAACACUUAGAAGAGCAUGAGGAGUCUGGCCCAGUCAUCCUUAGGAAGAAACGCGCAGCACAGGCAGAGAAAAACACCUGCCAGCUCUUCAUCCAGACUGACCAUCUGUUCUUCAAGAGAUAUGGUGAUGAAAGGGAAGCGGUGAUUGCCCAGAUAUCCAGCCAUGUGAAAGCCAUUGAUACAAUUUAUCAAUCAACAGAUUUCAUGGGGAUUCGAAACAUUAGCUUCAUGGUGAAGCGUAUUCGAAUCAACACUACAGCUGAUGAAAAAGAUCCCUCAAAUCCUUUCCGAUUUCCAAAUAUUGGAGUUGAGAAGUUCCUUGAGUUAAACUCUGAACAAAACCAUGAUGAUUACUGCUUGGCCUAUGUAUUUACAGACAGAGAUUUUGAUGAUGGUGUCCUUGGCCUUGCAUGGGUUGGAGCCCCUUCAGGAAGCUCAGGUGGAAUAUGUGAAAAGAGUAAACUCUACUCUGAUGGAAAGAAAAAGUCCUUGAACACUGGAAUCAUCACUGUGCAGAAUUAUGGCUCCCAUGUCCCCCCCAAAGUCUCUCAUAUCACUUUUGCACAUGAAGUGGGGCAUAACUUUGGCUCACCACAUGAUUCUGGCUCUGAAUGUACACCAGGAGAGUCCAAGAAUGUGGGAUUUAAGGAGAACGGUAACUUCAUCAUGUAUGCCAGAGCUACUUCUGGGGACAAGCUUAACAACAACAAAUUCUCGAUUUGCAGUGUCCGUAAUAUUAGUCAGGUCUUGGAGAAGAAAAGGAAUUUUUGUUUUGUUGAGUCCGGUCAGCCCAUCUGUGGUAAUGGUCUGGUUGAGCAAGGAGAAGAGUGUGAUUGUGGCUACAGUGACCAGUGUAAAGAAGAUUGCUGCUAUGAUGCCAACCAGCCGGAAGACAAGAAGUGUAAAUUAAGGCCCGGAAAACGCUGCAGUUCCAGCCAAGGUCCUUGCUGUACACCACAGUGCAACUUUAAAAGCAACACUCAGAAGUGUCGUGAAGAAUCGGACUGUGCAAAGAUGGGAACAUGCAAUGGUUUAUCUGCACAAUGUCCUCCAUCUGAGCCUCGAGAAAACUUGACUGAAUGUAAUCGUCAAACCCAAGUCUGCAUCAAGGGGCAAUGUGCAGGAUCCAUCUGUGAGAAGUAUGGAUUGGAGGAAUGUACAUGUGCCAGCACCGAUGGGAAAGAUGAUAAGGAGUUGUGCCAUGUCUGCUGUAUGGAAAGGAUGAAGCCUCUCACAUGUGCCAGUACUGGGUCUGAGGUAUGGAGAUCCUACUUCAAAGGGAAAACCAUUACCCUGCAGCCUGGGUCGCCUUGCAAUGAGUUUAAAGGAUACUGCGAUGUGUUCAUGCGAUGUCGAUUGGUCGAUGCUGAUGGGCCUCUGGCAAGGCUGAAAAAGGCCAUUUUCAACCCAGAGCUUUAUGAGAACAUUGCUGAAUGGAUUGUGGCACACUGGUGGGCUGUUCUACUAAUGGGAAUAGCAUUGAUAAUGUUAAUGGCUGGGUUUAUUAAGAUAUGCAGUGUACAUACACCAAGUAGCAAUCCCAAGUUACCUCCUCCGAAACCUCUACCAGGCACAUUGAAGAGAAGACGGCCACCACAAACAACUCAACAACCUCCACGCCAGAGACCACGGGAAACAUACCAGAUGGGACACAUGAGACGUUAACUGCAGCUAUUUUGCCUUUGGUUCUUCCUAGUGCCUACCAUGGGAAAGAUUCACUCCAAAGAAAUACCUACAAAUCGUCACUGUUACCCUUAUUAAAACCAAGCAUCGGAUCCUGUCACGAGGCGGAGUCAAGAACUUACCAUCACAUCUACACAGGAGAAGGAGUUCUUAAACGCAUUUUCUUAACACUGUUUAACUGCGAUCUCCUGAUGGAAAAAAUUAACCAGACCUUUUUAAGAAAUAUUCUUUUUAUUGUCUCUAACGGCAUAAAAUAUUAGAAUUUGUUACCUCUCGUUUUUAUGCCCCUUCAUUUUCUUCAGUUCCAGUUCGCUUUCAGUGAAAUUGUCUUUACUGAAUCUUCGCUGAAGACAAAUCCUGUCUUUUUUCCCUAACUGCCAGUCAAGGUAGGAAGGUAGAGGCCACUUCAGCAAUGGAGAACAUCUCCUGCCAAUGUACAUACUUUGUUAUAUGCAGACCUGUAAUUAUGAUGUACAAGCAUAACUCUAUGUGCAAUUGUAAAAAAAAAAAAAGCAGAUAAUUGCAAUAUGGAUAUGUUACUUUGUAUUAUAAAUCUUGUUUGGGGUUUUUCAGUUGUUAAUGAAGACAUUACUGUUUAAGUGACAUACUCAGGAUAACCGAGGAAUUGGUGUAUAAAGGCGACUGAUAAGAUAGAUCUAUUAUUUUUUUUCUUGGAGAUGCUUUCAUUAGCUGAAUGGAGUGUCCAUCUGCAUUUCCUUACUAAAUGUUUUAGGACCAGAGAUGGUUGAAGUGCUUACACUUUUUCUUCCAAUCGAGCCUCUAUUUCACAGACUUGAAUGCUCUGCAAGCUGACUACCCACGUAUGACAUCUACAGCCACUCUGGACGUCAGGACUCUUUGUAAUAUUGUUUUUUUUUUUUUCAUCCUUUUCUGAAAAAUUCAGCUAAGUUGUUCCAAGUCACAAUAAUUUUAGGCAUGUAUUUUUAAUAAAAGCAAGCCUCUUCUAAGAUUGUCAGCUUGUAAGAAGUAAAUUCUCUAGGGCCGCUUGUGUGUUGUAUUUUGGAGGUUACGAUAUUUUGCCCCACCUCUACCUCUCGGUGGCGUUCUCAGCACAAAGCUAUAGAAUAAAUAACCACUAACACUUGGUGCAGGGGUAACAUUAUUUUAGUAGAUUUAUUUAUCCAGUGUCCUGGAUCCCAAAAUAAAAAAAAUUCCUACCGUA